AUGGCAACGGUUCAACAACUAACACGUUCUCGUUAUACGGAUAUUUGUGGUGAACCGGUCGACAAACUAUUAGUACCAGUCAAAGGUUAUCAAAAUGAACUGUUGUUACCAUUAGAAGAAGCUGUUGUACAAAUUUCUGAUUUGUUCGAAGAUUUACAAGAAUAUGUUUACAUAGCGAAACAAAAUUGUAAGAAACCAUCGAACGGUUUAACGCAAGACGAAUCAGCUGCUAUUCAAUUGUAUACCAUGCAAUUUUCAAGUGGCCCAAGUUUUUAUGAACUAUUCAAUCAAACAUUACGAUCAGAAAAUCGUGAACUUUUAAAACCGUGGUUUCGUUAUUUAAAACUAUUUUUAACAGCACUGUACAAAUUGCGAUCUGAACCGCAGCAAACAGUAUGGCGUGGUGUGAAAGGUGUUGACUUAAGUGGGAAAUAUUCGGCGGGGGUUCAGUUUGCAUGGGGGGAGUUUCAUCGUGUACGAUAA